CUGUCAAACAUGUGACGUGAUCAGGAAGUAACUCGUGAUGUUUCUCUGCAAAACCAAAUUUUGGCACUUCAUUAUUAUUAUUAGCGCAACAUAAUUUAUUUGAAAUUAGAGGUGAAGCAAACUAUUCUGUCGGUUGAGCAUGAAUUGACAAAAUUAAAUAGUCGAGUGAGGUGUUUUAAGGUCAGAAUGCCGACAUCUCUGCUGCUUUUCUCUUUAAUAUGCCUGCUCGCGCUUGGACAAGCCUCGCUACCACUGGUUAUCACUACAUGGAGCUUCAAAAAUGCGACGGCUGCAGCGUGGGCGGCCCUACAGUCCGGUGGCUCGGUAUUGGACGCUGUGGAGGCUGGGUGCAAGCGCUGUCAAAAGGAGCAAUGCGACGGAAGUGUGGGCUACGGUGGGAGCCCAGACGAGAGCGGUGAAACUACGCUGGAUGCAAUGAUUAUGAAUGGUAACACGAUGGAGGUGGGCGCCGUGGCCGACCUGAGGAGGAUCAAGAACGCCAUCGGCGUUGCAAGAGCUGUGAUGGAGCACACAAAGCACACUAUGCUGGUGGGAGAAUCAGCGACAGUGUUCGCAGAAAACAUGGGCUUCAUCGCUGAGGACCUGACCACCGUCAAGUCGCUGGAUAUUUUUACACAGUGGCUGAAGGACAACUGCCAACCUAAUUACCGAAAGAAUGUUUUUCCCAACCCAUCCAAAUCGUGUCCUCCCUACAAACCCCAAGUGCAGCUGCAAUCAAAAAAGCACCUUCCUACUAAUAUUCGCUCCCACGACACCAUAGGUAUAAUCGCGUUUGAUCAAUACGGCCACGUGGCAGCAGGGACGUCCACGAAUGGGCUCACUCAUAAAGUUCCAGGUCGAGUUGGAGACUCUCCUGUAGUGGGUGCGGGAGCAUACGCUGACAGCUUGGCAGGAGCUGCCGCCGCUACUGGAGAUGGGGACCUCAUGAUGCGCUUUCUGCCCAGUUACUUGGCGGUAGAGCUGAUGAGGGCCGGGACGGAUCCCUCGGCAGCCUGCAAGAUGGCCAUUUCCAGGAUUAAGAGGCAUUACGCUGACUUUUUUGGGGCGAUCAUCUGUGCUAACGCAACAGGCCAUUAUGCUUGUAACAAGGUGCCAGGCUUAUUGAAGUUUCACUACAUGGUGUCUGACAGCGAGUCAGAUGUACCACUUAUAAAGUCGGUGGACUGUUUUUAAAAUAUUUUUUUUUUUUAACCCAAAGGUUUGAAGAGAAAUUGUCAACAAUAAAGUAACAAUUGUGACGAAA